AUGGAGGGCGCAUUAGUAAAACCCACGUGUCGCACUCGCGCCGGCCGCGGCCGCCGACAUGAUGCUAUCGACCGGGAUGGCGCAUUAGACCAGCUAGUUGCUAGGAGGCUGCACAGCGCACUGUGCACAUCAACGCCACGAAUGCGAAGGUCGUCCGGCGACAGUGCUCCCGCUGCCGCGCCGCUACUGUGCGAGUGCGAGUAUGCGUUCCAACAAGCUCUUUGUUACUUGCUAUUUGUUCACGACAUUAAUACUACAUCGGCUUAU